CGUAUUUUUUUUUUGUUCUCUCACCUCGAUAUGCCGGCUGCCCUUUGACGCAGGAUUGCUGUUGGAUGCGAGAAUUAAAUAAUGAAUUUGCGCGAUCACGUGAACCCUCCAGUCUGAAGACUCGAUGCAAUGGCGAGAUCAGAUCGCCUCUCUCAAACUCUGCAUCCCAGCGACCUGUCUACAGAAAGGGAGACUUCUCCUGAAAUAAUUUCUGUGUGAAAGGUCAAAGUUGCGAAGAAUUUUUAGUGGAUCUCAAACCAAGCAUUUGGUUUAAGGAAUCUCUGUUGGCCGGUGUUCACCAGUACAAUGUUCCUCCUGGGUUGGCCCACCCUCUUGUGAACGGCUGGAUGCUCUCUCAUUUGGAUUCUGUUCUUCACGAGACCUUCCUGUCCCAUUAAGACCCAGCUGUUGUGGUGAGAUCUUCCCCAACCUCUUGCCACAAUGAGUGGUUUCCUCUCGUACCUGGACCCCCGGCGAGUUCAUUGGGGCGCUACCUGGGUGGCGCUGCAUUCGCGCAUCCUCCGCACCAAGCCCGUGGAAUCGAUGCUCGAGGACUCCAGCCAGCAUGGGGCGGGUCACUCCAGGCUGGCCCAGGUGCUCACCACAGUGGAUCUGGUGUCCCUCGGAGUGGGAAGCUGCGUAGGGACCGGCAUGUACGUCGUAUCGGGACUGGUGGCCAAGGAGAUGGCAGGGCCCGGAGUGAUCGUCUCGUUCAUCAUCGCUGCAGUGGCGUCCAUCUUGUCAGGUGUGUGCUACGCCGAGUUUGGUGUCCGGGUGCCGAAGACCACUGGCUCGGCCUACACGUACAGUUACGUGACAGUGGGAGAGUUUGUGGCCUUCUUCAUCGGCUGGAACCUAAUCCUGGAGUAUCUGAUUGGCACGGCAGCUGGCGCCAGUGCCCUGAGCAGUAUGUUUGAUUCACUGGCCAACCACACCAUCAGUCACUGGAUAGUGGACGACGUGGGCACCUUAAAUGGACUCGGGAAAGGAGAGGAGUCCUAUCCCGAUAUCCUUGCAAUGAUUAUCGCUGUCAUUGUGACGGUCAUCAUCUCCCUGGGGGUGAAGAACUCAGUGGGCUUCAACAACGUCUUGAACAUCAUCAACCUUGCAGCUUGGGUCUUCAUCAUGUUCGCAGGGCUGUUCUUCGUCAACGGCGCCAACUGGGAUGGAGGAAGGUUUCUCCCCUUUGGGUGGUCUGGGGUUUUCCAGGGUGCAGCCACCUGCUUCUACGCAUUCAUUGGGUUUGAUAUCAUCGCCACGACAGGAGAGGAAGCAAAGAAUCCGAACACUUCCAUUCCCUAUGCCAUUACUGCCUCCCUUGUGAUCUGCCUGACUGCGUAUGUGUCUGUCAGUGUAAUCCUGACGCUGAUGGUGCCUUACUAUGCCAUCGACACAGAGUCGCCACUGAUGGAGAUGUUCGUUCUUCACGGGUUUCAUGCAGCCAAGUACAUUGUGGCCAUUGGAUCAGUGGCGGGAUUGACCGUCAGUCUGUUGGGAUCGCUCUUCCCGAUGCCAAGAGUCAUCUACGCUAUGGCAGACGAUGGCCUACUCUUCAGGUUUUUAGCUCAUGUCAGUGCCUACACAGAGACGCCAGUUGUGGCCUGCAUUGUCUCGGGAUUCCUGGCAGGGCUGCUCUCUCUGCUGGUCAGCCUGCGAGACCUCAUUGAGAUGAUGUCCAUUGGGACGCUAUUGGCCUACACCCUGGUGUCGGUGUGCGUCCUGUUGCUUCGUUACCAGCCCGAGAGCGACAUCGACGGCUUUGUCAAGUUCCUGUCGGAGGAGGGCACCAAGAAGAAGGAGGGAGUCCUUGCCGAGUGUGAGAAGGAGGCUGCCUCCCCCGUCAGCGAGGGCGAGGACUACACGGGCCUUGACAAGAACACAUGUGGUGCCAAGAACCUGCCGUCCUUGGGGGACAACGAGAUGCUGAUCGGGAAGGCGGACAAGUCCAGCUAUGGCGUGAAUCACCCCAAUUAUGGCACCGUGGACAUGAGCUCAGGCAUUGAGGCAGACACCUCGGAGAACAUCUACCUGAUAAAGCUGAAGAAGCUGAUUGGACCUCGGUACUACACUAUGAGGAUUCGCCUUGGGCUGCCCGGCAAGAUGGACCGUCCCACCUCCAUCACCGGCCGCACUGUCACCACCUGCGUGCUACUGCUUUUCGUCCUGACGUUUGUCUUCUGUUCCUUCAUCAUCUUCGGGGAGGAGUAUGUUUACGAGCAGAGCUGGUGGGCUAUCCUCCUGGUCGUCCUGAUGGUCCUGCUGAUCUGCUCACUGGUAUUCAUCAUCCUCCAGCAGCCCGAAAACCCCAAGAAGCUGCCGUACAUGGCGCCCUGUGUCCCCUUUGUGCCUGCCUUUGCCAUGUUGGUAAAUAUGUACCUCAUGCUGAAGCUCUCCAGUAUCACUUGGAUCCGCUUCGCCGUUUGGUGCUUUGUAGGUUUUCUCAUUUAUUUCGGAUAUGGGAUCUGGAACAGCAGCCUGGAGAUCGGUGCGCGGCAAGAGGCUCUGAGCCAGAGCACGUAUCAGCGCUACGAUGUGGACGACAGCUUCUCGUACCCCGAGGAGGAGGACAACCAAUGGCAGGAGGCAUGGCCUGCGGCCGAGUCGAAGGGCUACCAGUCCCAGCAGGCGAUGCCGGACAUUGUGGGCAAUCACAGGACCUACGGCAGCAAAGCCAAAGGCAAAGGGAAGCAUGGCAAGACUUCAGAGGUGCUGAUUGCAAAUGACGAGCUUGACUAUUCCCCUGAAUAGGAGGUACUGACCCCCCAGACCCUUGGGCUAGCAUCAUGGAUGUGAUCUCUCAUCAUGCUGUGGUAUGGCAUUCAAAAAGGCAAUAUGCAGUUCAUUGGAGAUGCCUGCCCUUAACUUCACUCUGUUAGCAUAUUAAAGGGGUCCCCAUUUUCAUGAAUAAAUACUUGGCAUGAACAUGCACUGACUAGAAGUGUGGCUGAUUGCAAUGAGUUCUCUCGUACAGUGGCAGUAACCCUGGUUCAAUUCCCUUGGCUGUCUGCAAGGAGUUUGUACUUUCUCCCCGUGACCACUUGGGUUUUCUCCAGAUGCCGCGGUUCCCUCCCACUUUGCCCAGCUUGUGGGUUAGCGUUAGUGAGUUGUGGACUUGCUAUGUUGGCGCCGGAGGUGUGGUGACACUUGUGGGCUGCCCCCGGUACAUCCUCGGACUGUGUCGGUCAGUAACGCCAGUGAUGUAUCUCACUGUAUGUUUCAUUGAAAUAGGGAGUAGAGCAAGAAGGACAAGGGUUAAACUAACGCUUCUACAGAACCUGUGACGCAGGUUCAAUCCCUGCUGCUGCCUGUAAGGAGUUUCUUCAUUCUCCUUGUGACAUGGGAGUUCCUCCAGAUGCUCUGGUUGCCUCCCACAUUUCACAGAUGUACAGGUCAUAGGGCAAUAUUGGCUCAUUGGGCCAGAAGAGACUGUAACCGUGCUGUAUUUCCAAAUAAACAGAAACAAGUGAGUCCCAAUGACCUCUGUAGGCCAGGAUGCUUUGUGUUUGUGAAAGCCCAUGCAGGAAUUUACAAUACUUUUAACAAAUACCCAAAUAUUCAGUAAAUCAAGGUAAAUGCUUUUGAUCUGACACUUUAUAGCAAGGUGUAAUUAUGAAUAAACGAUAAGGUGACGACAUUUACAAAAGAGUUCAGGAGGAAUAUUGGAGAGCAUUGAGACCCCUCUGUUGGUCGGGGUCCACCACUGAUAUUGCAACCCAGUUGUCCAUGACGGGGCAGUGCGCUAUGGAGAGCAAGUGUUUGCCCAAUCAGCAGGCUCACACUCUCCACGCAGCUGAUGAAUCCAAAGGAAUGGCAGAGACCCAUACAGUUUGGCACCAGUGGCAUCGCAGGAGUUGCCAUUCAACGUGGCACUGCCUUCAGGACUCCAGCUCUGUACUUCUCCUUCAGGGUUUAAUCCCCAAGCCUUCCCCAUAAGUGGGCAUAGCUGCAAGGCAGCAGAGGUUUAAGAUCAGAGUUUUCCUGCCAACCACAGCUGACGAGCCUAUCUGCCUGAAGCAACUGGUUUUAAGGUGCUAGUAACCCGCCUUUACCCCUUCACCUGUCAGUAGAAACCAUUCUACUGGGCUUAGUAGCUAAGCCAUACAGGAGCUGGACUUGGUUGUCAGAGGCUAUUUGAGACACACACCAUUGGGAGCGUUUAAUAGGCAGUGGGAGCUUAUCCCCACUAACGCCCUUGGCUAGGACAACCUUCAGGAACCUGGAGUGCAUUAGUAUGAGAGUAACACACACAGAGUGCUGGAGGAACUCAACGGGUCAGGCAUCAUCUACAGAGAGGAAUGAAGAGUUGGUGUUUCUGGCCAUAAAUCUUCAUCAGUCUUUCAUGAGUCCUGAAGACUCAGCCCAAAAUAUCAACUUUUUAUUUCUCUCCAUAAAUGCUGCCUGACCUGCAGCAUUUUGUGUGUAUUACUCUGGUUUCCAGCAUCUGCAGAAUUGUUUGUAUUUAUGAUUACUGUGGGAGGUGAUGGACAUUCUGAUCAGAAAUGUUUGGGAAUUGGAUGGUUUAAAGUACACUUAUUAUCAAAGUGUGCAUACUGUAUACAAUCUAGAGAUUCGUCUUUUUGCAGAGAGCCACAAUAGAAAGAAACACAUUAAACCAAUUUAAAAAAAACCCACAAUACAAAGACCUUCAAAUAUGUGAAAAAAGCAGAUCAUGUAAACAAUAAACAUGUAAACAAAUAACUUAGAGAAGAGGGACUGCAGAGUCCCCAAAAGUGAGUCCAAAGCCAUGAAGUCAGUUCAGUGCCAAGGUGAGUGCCGAUGGGUGCAGGUCAUGCACUACAGAUUUUUAAAGAGAGCAAAAAAUAGAAGAAUAUUGAGGUUCAUGGGUUCAUUGUCCAUCCAGAAAUCUGUUGGUGGAGAGGAAGCAGCUGCUCCUGAACCUCCUCCCUGAUGGUAGCAAUGAGAAGAGGGCAUGUCCUGGCUGAUGGGAGUCCUUAAUGAUAGAUGCCGCCUUUUUAAGACAUCGAUUUUUGAAGAUGAUCUCCUUUUGGGGAGGCUGGUGCCCAUGGUGGAGCUGGCUGAGUUUGCAACAUUCUGCUGCUUUUUUUCUGUUCCUGUGCUGUGGCCCCUCCGUUGCAGACAGUGAUGCAACAUCUGGAGAAAUUUAUUAGUCUUUGAUGACAUAACAAAUCUGCUCAAACUCUGAGUGAAAUAUAGCUGCUGUCAUGCCUUCUUUGUCUGCGUAAUUAUAAUUUAUUUCUGAGUGAAUGAUAUCCAGCCGGCGUGUUUUUUUUUCUUCUCUGGUAUUUAAGGGUUAUUCAUGGCCUCUGCAUCCUGAGCAACACUUGAUUUCCUUUAGAGUGAGGAUACAGACAUAGCCAGGAAGUCCAAUGAUCUCAUUUCCUGUGUUUCAUAUAAGUCGCUCAGCUGAAGAUCCAUGUGUCUAUUUUUAAGACAUGACUUCUGUGGACAUGAGUGUUUCCAUAACAGGCCAUGAGGCAACAAGUCACCGUGUAUCUAUAGAGAUGGAGAGAGCAGAGGAAGAGAAAGACAAGAGGUGAUGGGGGUAUUGAGAUAAGGGAAAAAAGGGGAACAAGAGGAAUGGUUAGAGAGAAUACUUGUUCGAUUUUCUCAUGGAACUACAAAGAUAUUUGUUUAUUUCACGAUGGGAACAGUUAUGACAUCGAAGAUAUAUGGCAAAUGCAAAGGAGUUGCUUCUAUUUCUGUUUGCUUCAGUUUAAAAAAAAGACUUGAAUGCUUCUGCAGUGCUUUUCCCAGGGAGUCCUUGUGCAUGAUUCCCUAAGGAUCAACUUGCAGGUUAAGUCAGUGGCAAGGAAGGCAAAUUCAAUACUGGCAUUCAUUUUGAGAGGACUAGAAUAUAAAAGCAAGGAUGUAAUGCUGAGGUUUUCUAAGGCAUUGAUUGGAUUGCACUUGGAGUAUUGAGAGCAGUUUUGGGCCCCUUAUCUAAGACAGGAUGAGCUGGCAUUGGAGAGGGUCCAGAGGAGGUUCACAAGAAUGAUCCCAGGAACGAAAGGGUUAAUAUAUGAGUGUUUGAUGUGGGCUUGUACAAGGUCUUUAGAUGGAGGAUCUCAUUGAAGCCUAUCAAAUAUUGAAAGGCCUAGACAGAGUGGAUAUGGAGAGGAUGUUUCCUAUAGUGUGGGAGUCUAAGACCAGAGGGCAGAUGCUUCAAAUAAAGGGACAUCCACUUCAAACAGAGAUGAGGAGGAAUGUCUUUAGCCAGAGGGUAGUGAAUCAGUGGAAUUCAUUGCCACAGAUGGUUGUGGAGGCCAAGUCAUUGGCUAUAUUUAAAAUAGAGGUUGAUAGGUUCUGAUUACUCAAAGGUUACGAGAAGAAGGCAGGAGAAUGGGGUUGAGAAGGAUAAAUAGCCUAACUAUGUUCCUAUGCCUUGUGAUCUGGCGUUCCAAAUUUUAUCUGAGUUGAUUUUUCAGAAUGGACGUGUACUUACAUUUUCUGGAUAUUAGCCUUGUUCUCUGGAGUUUGCUGAUACUGUUGAGGUACGUGGAAGCCUCUAAUGAGGGCACUGCGUUUCUGCAAUUGGAUAGAAAGACUGAGUGAAUGGGUGAAAACCAGACAAAUGGGGUUUCGACCAUAAAACCAUGGGACACUGGAGCAGAAUUAGGCCAUUUGGCCUAUUGAUUCAGUUCUGUCAUUCUAUCCUGGCCAAUCCAUUUUCCUCUCAUCCCCAUUCUCCUGCUUUCUCCCCAUAACCCUUCACACCCUGACUAAUCAAGAACCUAUCAACAUUCACCUUAAAUGCACCCACUAAUCUGACCUCCACAGCCGGCCGAGGCAAAGAAAUUCCUCCUCAUCUCUGUCCUAAGUGGCUGCCCCCCUGUUCUGAGGCUGUGCCUUUUUGGUCCUAAACUCCAUCACCAAAGGAAAGAUACUGUCUGCAUCUACUCUGUUUAGGCCUUUCAACAUUCGAUCGGUUUCAAUGAGAUCCCACCUGCCAUUCUUCUAAACUCCAGCGAGUACAGGUCACCUUAAUGUGGGGAAGUGCGAGAUGAAGAGCUCCUCAGAAAGUGAAAUGUUAAGGAUUGAGAGCAUUGCGUGAUACACUGUUGUUUGAACUGCUCCAAUUAAUCCCACAUGGAGAACAACGGUUCGAUUAGAAGAGCACAGGAGGAUCGGAUUAGUGUAAAUGGAUGCUCGGCAGAGACACAGUGGAUGAAGGGCCUGUCUCUACGUAGUUAAAAAAUCUCUGGGACAACAGACCUCUCAUAGUAUCAAGGGUGGACUGCUCUGCUGGAGACUUUUACUGAGGAGACACUGCACUUUCAGAGAGACAGAGACCAACCCUUUCAGCGUAGUUCUCUUGAAGGUCUGCACUGCAAAUCUCCGGAGGUAACUUUCACUCUGGCUUUCCUUCUUAGUGAGGGGACAGGGCUGAAUUGGCCCUUUGACCCUCCAAACAAUUUACCCCCCAGCUCUCCCUCAGUUUGAUCCAUGAGCAACAUUCGUCUUAAGGAUAGAUCUUAAGGUCAUAGAACAUAGCGCAGUGUAACGGUUAGCGCUAGGUCCCUCACAUACUCCAUCUCCGAAAUGUAGGUUGGAAGAUUGUAGAGAUGGUUCCAGCCAGGUACCACACAUUCCUAAAGAAGGUUUGGCCUAAAAAAAAAUAGACCAAUCAGAACAAGGCCAAUUCAAAUUAACCAAUCAGGAAUAGACAAUUCAGAUCCAGCCAAUCAGGAUUGAGCAUUAAGCCCCUCUCGUGCCCUGCUCACCUGAGAGGGUAUAUAAGGAGGUGUCUCUCAGGGGACUUGUUAUUUGACUAACUUGUGCCUGAGGAAGAUGGUUAUUAAUUGUUAGAAAGUUGCAAACAGUAUCUGUAAGUAUGAGACUGUUAAGGCCAAAGGAUAGUAUGGAGUAAUGGAAAUAACCAUGUGUAACAACUGUGGUCUGCAGAAAAGCAUCUCUGAAUCCACAACAUGUUGAACCUUGAAGUGGAUGGGUGAAAGCAGCAGAAGAUCACAAACCUACGCUCAGUGGCCACUUUAUUAGGUACAGUGAGUGUCCAAUCCACUGGAUCUGAGGGGAAGCAGAAUGAGAAGUUGUGUGAUCUCAUGAAAUGAUGUUUAUUAUCAUCUUAACAAUGUACUUUUAAUGUUAUUUUGGGGGAUUGAUCUGUUAUGAAAUGAAAUAUUUUUAAAGGUGAAGGCAUGUUCAAAAACAAACUGGUUAGGUGUUUGAUGGGCCAAAUCUCAGACUGAAGGGCUGAUAUGAUUCUCUGCAAACAGAUUCCAGAUCCUGGCUCAAGUUAGCAUUUGGAAUAAACGAGGAAGGUGGAUAAUGAUCCAAAAACAAGCUCUUGAAGUUCUGGGGUAGAAAGUCCAUUUGCACGGCUGACAGUAAAGUGGAGGGUUGAACAGGAGGGAAAGGUUAGAUUGAUCUUGGAGUAGUUGUAGUUAUAGUCAUAGAGUACUGCAGCGCUGAAACAGGCCCUUCAGCCCAUCUAGUCUGUGCUGAACUAUUAAUCUGACUAGUCCCAACAAUUUACACCUGGAUCGUAGCCCCUAUACCUCUCCCAUCCACAUUUCUCUUAAAUGUUGACAUCAAAUCCACUUCUGCUGGCAGCUUGUUCCACACUCUCACCACCCUCUGAGUGAAGAAGUUCCUCCUAAACAUUUCACCUUUCAUCCUUAACCCAUGACCUCUAGAUCUAGUCUCACCCAACCUCAGUGGCAAAAGCCUACUCAUGUUUACCCCAUCUACACCCCUUAUAGAUUUGUAUACCUCUAUCAAAUCUCCUCUCAUUCUCCUAUGUUCCAGGGAAUAAAGUCUUAACUUAUUCAACCUUUCCCUAUAACUCAGGUCCUCAAGUCCUGGCAAUAUCCUUGUAUAGUUUCUCUGCACUCUUUUAAAUUAUUGGUUAUAGUUUAAAAUGUUGCCAUAGUGCUAUGACCGAUUUAUGUUAUUGCUUGGAGACUGAUGUAACCAGACAUCUGGUUGGUAAGAUACCAGGUGAUCUGAGGGCGUUGUGCCUUCCGGUAUGAGCUGUAUGAAGCCUGAGUCAGUGUCUCUGUCACGUAGUGUCUCCUUGGCAUUCCCCCAUUGUUUUCUGAUGCAGUUGUUUAUAAUAUCUCAGCAAAAAUGAGCAGAAAGCUAGUACUUGCAUCUGUUGAUUGAACACAAGAUACACUGAAUGGCCAUUUUAUUAGGUACACUUGUACACCUCAUUAAUGCAAAUAUCUAAUCAGCCAAUCAUGUGGCAGUAACUCAAUGUGUAAAAGCCUGCAGACAUAGUCAAGUGGUUUAGUUUCCCCAGAAUGGGGACAAAAUGCGAUCUAGGUGACCUUGAUCAUGGAGUGAUUGUUGGUGUCAGAUGGGCUUGCUUGAGUAUCUCAGAAACUGCUGAUCUCCUGGGAUUUUCAAACACAACAGUCUCUGGAGUUUAUAGAGAAUCAUCUGAAAAACAAACAAAAAAAAAAUCCAGUGAGUGGCAGCUCUGUGGGCAAAAAUGUUUUGUUAGAGAGAGAGGUCAGAGGAGAACGGCCAGACUGGCUGACGCUGACAGGAAAGCAACAGUAACUCAAAUAACCACACAUUGCAAUUGUGGUGUGCAGAAGAGCAUCUCUGAAUGCACAACAUAUCAAACCUUGAAGUGGAUGGGCUACAACAGCAGAAGAUCACAAACAUACACUCAGUUGCCUCAUUAUUAGGUACAGGAGGUACAGCACAGAAAUAGGCCCUUUGGCCCAUCUAGUCCAUGCUGAGCAAUUAAUUUGCCUAGUCCCAUCAACCCACAUCUGGACCAUAGCCCCCUAAUACCCCUCCCAUUCAUGUACUCAUUUAAACUUCUCUGAAAUAGUGCAAUCGAACCCUCAUUGGAAAGCAAAGGGCCUGUACUCGCACAAACAAGAGAAAGUCUGCAGAUGCUGGAAAUCCAAGUAGCACACACAAGGCUGGAGGAGCUCAGCAGGCCAGGCAGAAUCUAUGGAAACGAGCGCAGUCGAUGUCUUGGACCGAGACCCUUCAGCAGGACAGGAGAUAAAGAGAUGAGUCAGGGUUAGACGGUGUGGGGAAGGCAAGGGGAAACGCUAGGUGAUAGGUGAAACUGGGAGAGGGAGGGGUGAAGUACAGAGUUCGGAAAUUGGUGAUUAAGAUACGAGGCUGGAGAAGGGGGAAUCAAAUAAGGGAGGACAGAAAGCCAUGGAAGUGAGAAAAAGGGGGAGGAGAACAGACUUCCCCAGUAAUGCUGCUGCCUCUCCCCCACACCCCUCAUUCUUCGCUAUUCCCCAUCCCUUUUCCCUCUCUCACUUAAUCUCCUUGCCUUCCCGUCGCCUGCCUCUGCUGCUCCUCCCCCUUUUCUUUCUUCCAUGGCCUUCUGUCCUCUCCUAUCAGAUUCCUCCUUCUCCAGCCCUGUAUCUCUUUCAUCAAUCAACUUUCCAACUCUUUACUUCAUCCCUCCCCAGCCCCUCCAGGUUUCACCUAUCACCUUGUGUUUCUCCCCCCCUCCCCCCCCCACCCUCUACCACAGACCUCAUCUUUCUUCCUCCAGUCCUGUGGAAGGGUUUUGGCCCUAAAUGUCGACUGUACUCUUCUCCAUCGAUGCUGCCCGGCCUGCUGAGUUCCUGGGGCUGUACUUCGCUGCAAUGCUCUAUGAUCUAUUCCUGUUAUUGAUUGGAGAUUGAUGUAAUCAAUCAUCUGGGUUGUUAAGUGCCGGGUGAAAUGGAUGAUUGAUAGCAGUGGAAGACCACAAAUAUACAGAAAUGUUCUCAUGGUCACUUUAUUAGGUACAGGAGAUAUGGAAUAAAGUGGUGACUGAGUGUAGUUCCCAGUGGAAAACAUCCCAUUCUGGCAGUUACUCUCUCUUUCAUUGCUUUUGAUAUUCUUUGACAAGUUCCUCUAGCAUUUUGUAUGCAUUCCUGUGGAUUUCCAGCAUCGACAUAAUCUCUUGUGUUUAUAAAAAUGACAAUGAAUAACGAAGUAAAUAGUGCAUAAAGCAAAGAAUAAUGGGGUAGUGUUCCCGGGCUGUUCACAUGAGAUCUGGUUUCUAAGGUACUAAAUGAUGAACCAAAAGCCUUGCAGUGUAUUAUUUCUCUCAGUGGUUCGUGCAAUCUUCAUUGAAGAUUAGUGCACCGGCUGUAAGAUCAAGGUUCAAUUCCCACCAUUGUCUGAAAGGAGCUCGUACGUUCUCCCCGUGACCACAUGGGCUUCCUCCAGGUGCUCUGGUUUCCUCCUACAGUCCAAAGAUAUACAUUUGGCGUUCGUGAGAUGUGGGCAUCUAUGUUGAUGUCAGAAGUGUGGUGUGUCUUGUGGGCUGUUCACAGUUUAGGAUGACAGUUCAGAAAAGCAGAUCUGCCAACUAUCUUCUGAGGGAGAUUGUUUAAAUUUAAGAGAACGGCGGUAGAAGACCUGAGAACAAAAGUGAUUCUGGUCCCAGAAUAUUAAGAGCUUUAAAACAAGUAAGAGACCUUUUAAAUCAAUUCUAAAAGAUUCAGGAAGCCAAAGCAGUGUAGCUGGGCUUGGAGUCAUAUGCUCCCUUGUCCUGAUUUGAGUUAAAAGUCUAGCAGCAGUGUAGAGCUUAACCCAGCCAAAUGUCUCGCUUGAACCUUUUAGCACAGCGGAUGCUGGAGGUUUGGAUCACUAAGUGAGUGUCUUCAGUGAAGAUGAAUUGUGUCAACAAGGGAGCCUGUUAGUGCUAAUGCAUUCCUUCAUUUGUCAGACUUGGUAAAAAUUGCAAAAUGUGUUCUUUCUGUAAUAUUCUCACUUUCCUGCACUGUACUCAGCUGUGUAUUACAUUUGGUUCCAUAUUCAGUAGAUUACAGUUAAGCAGGGCACAUUGGGACUAGUACGUUUUGUCUCAUCAAGCAGCUGCCUCAGUUGGUUGGAAUUUCCUGGAAAUAAUUAAAAAGGUAUAAAAAAGACAAACUACCAUGUAGCUGAGAAACAAAUUAUUUAUUUAAAUGAAAUACAGAACGAAUUAGAAAACUACCAAUACUACUACAGUACUAUAAAACUGUAUAUUAGUUUAUAAUAGUUAUCAAUAGAGGAAUUCAUCCAGUGUUUGCGGGCAUUUUUUUUAAAUUGACUGUAAAUGAGCAAAAUCAGUGCAGGUACCAAGUGCAGAUAGUGGGCAGCCUUCAAACAAUACUUCCGAUGAUUGCAUCCUCCAAAUCUUAAUUUUCAUUGUAAUGUUCAAGAUUGUCGACACCUUAUAAUUCUUCAUAAAUUAUUGAAAUAGUGAAAUCAUUUAAUUUUCACUCCCAGCCGUCUCUGGCAUCUCCAAGCCUGAAUGCUUGAAACCGCGAUGAGGAAAGCAGUUCUGAAUUGUCCUGCUGCUUACUUCUCACCAAUUAUCAGUAACAAAAAUCACUGCUUUCCAAAGACAACACACACAACUUAUGCUAUUUAAAAACUAUUUGCUCUAAGCACGUUGUAGUGUCUAACGAUCACGUUGUGUAUGCGACUGACACUGGUUAGAAACUGUUUGGCAUCAGUCUCCUGGCCCAAUUAAGCAUCAUAGUGCCCCAGAUAAAUGAAAUCAAUUUAAUUUUCAUUCUUUAAGAGUUGUUACAAAUAAAUGGUGGCUGCGAUUAGCUGAUGGCCUAAUUAAUUUCAUUAUUAUUGCCUGUGUAUUAAUGCCCAGUGCUUAAGAGCCUGGAAUGACAGCGAUGGUGGGAGCUCUACAUCAACUGCUUCUACAGCUAUCACCAUAUGUUCUUGAUCUAGUCCAAGGGUCAUGUGAAAGAAGCAAUGACUGAGUGUUUCUUCUUCAAAGAAACAGGAAUAAUUUCCAUAAAUUAAACCUCAGAAACAAGCUUGAAUGUGAUAUUGUUGUACACAUGUGCUAUCACUUCUCAACAGAACAUCCAAAAGAGAAACAGAGGCCUUCUCAGAGAAAGUGAUGGAUAAACGUUUACUGCCGGCCCACUGAGUGGUCAGCAAAGGUCAAAGGCUUAUUUCUGUUCCUUUCCAUUUUAAUGUCACGCUUCACUCAAUAUUUCACAUUGCUUCCAAUGUGAGCUUACCCAUACAUCAUCCACCUCUGUAAAUUGCCCCCUCUGUCUGGAUUCUCUGGUCUGAGUUGAAGUGUACCCAUCUGUUUUUGGUUUACUUUAGUUUUGAGGAAUGAAUUUAGGUUGAUUUUUCUGUAUAUUUUGAAUUUCUGGUGUGGAAUUGCUGUAUAUUUAUUACCAGUUAUGUACACUGUGAACCUGCAUCGGUGUGUCGUGUUCCAUUGCUGUACCAAAGCCAUGCAGAGAAAAAAAAAAAGACAUUUAUUGC